UUUGCGGUUAGGCGUCAGGUGAAACUCGCUGUCUAAGGAGAAGGAGACAGAUAAAACUGACUUCGUCUGAACUUUCUGGAAAGUUUAUUGUACUAUCUAUGAACUUACUCACCAACGGAAGCUUUUAACACCAGAAUCCAGAAUCCAACACAUGAUACAAGAUGAAGAGCCUCAAGUAUCGGUUGAAAAAGCACGAAGUUACAAUCACAAACACAGACUGGAACAAGUACGAUGAUCGGCUGAUGAAGGCGGUGGAACGUGGGGAGGUGGACAAGGUUGCUGCUGUUCUCAGCAAGAAAGGCAUCAUUCCCACCAAGCUUGACGUGGAAGGACGCUCUGCGUUUCAUUUGGCUGCAACUCGAGGACACCUAGACUGUCUGAAUCUCAUUCUGGGACACAGCGUUGACAUCACUGCAACCGAUGCAACUGGUAAAAAUGCUCUUCAUCUGUCUUCAAGAAAUGGACAUUCUCUGUGUGUACAGAAACUCUUGCAGCACAACUGUCCAGUUGGAAAUGUGGACCUACAAGGAAGGACAGCUCUACAUGAUGCUGUCAUGGCAGGCUGCUCCUCCAGCGUGAAACUUCUCUGUGACAGCGGGGCUUCUGUGAAUGCCAGUGAUUUUGAUGGCAGGACACCUCUGGUGCUGGCAACCCAGAUGUGUCAUCCACGCAUCUGUCAGCUGCUGCUGGAGCGAGGUGCUGAUAUCACCAUCCGAGACAAACAAAACAAGACAGCGCUGAUUCUGGGCUGUGAGUAUGGCUGUAAAGAUGCAGUGGAGGUGUUGCUGAAGAGUGGCGUUGACGUGAAGGCUGUUGACGGCUUGGGUCACGAUGCAUUUCACUAUGCUCGCCUCAGCAAGAACCCGGAACUUGUUGCGAUGGUGAAAAGUUAUCUCGACAAAGCCACCAGAGAUAAAGAGGCUGCAAAGAUAGAACAGUGGAAGCGACAGCAUUCAGUGGAGAGAUCAGAGGCAGCUGAGGUUAACAGAAGGGAUCAGAUCAUACAUGAAUUGGAGAGGCAGAAUGAGACCCUGCAGGAAAGUCUCAGAAAGUAUCACCAGGAGCAGAAAGCCAUGUUCGAUAAGGUAGCCAUGCUACAGCAACAGCUCACACAGGAAAAGAUAACUGUGGAAGACACUCAGAAAGAGAAAGAGCAGUUGAAGGUGCUACUUAGUGCCAAAGAAAGAGAGGAAGGGGCUCGAGGCCUGGAGACUGUCAAGGUCCAGCUCCGGAGUACUUUGGGGGACUACUCCGGGCAAUCUGUUAUCAAAGGCAAAGAAAACACUUUGGUCAAACAAGCUCACAGCCUGGAUUCUGAACAGAUGCUCCAGAAUCCUGUCAUGUUGCGUUCACUGUCCAGACCUCCAGAGAAGAGUCAGCCUUCUGUAGGCUGGGAGCUCUCCAGUGAACUGGAUGCACUCCGACAUGAACUUGAGGUGGUCAAGACAAGACAGCAGGCAGCAGAGGAAGAGACGGCGAGACUUCAGGCUGCCCUGAACCGUAAAAAUCGAGAGUGCCAAGAGCUUGUUCAGAGCCGAGACACCAUCCAGAAACAGGCUGACCAGCAGGUUCAAGAACUCGAGGACGCUUUGGGGGACGUCCAGAAGAGGAUGCUAGAUUCUGAGUGUAAGGUCAAACAGCUGCAAGCCCAUGUAGUCGCUGUUAAGGAACAUUUAGGAGGCCAGUCAACAGAAGAACUGCGUGCCCAGCUCCAGGAUAUCAAGGUCAAGUAUGAAGGGGCUUCAGCCGAAGUGGGUCGCGUUCGUAAUCGCCUCAAACAGAGCGAGAAGGCCCUGGAGGAGUACAAGAGCAGCGAGAGCCAGCUAGCAGCUGAGGCAGAAAGGCUGAACCGAGACCUGGGAGCUCUCUAUGCAGAAAAAGAUGGACUGACAGAAGCCCUUUUAGAAAUGGAAACCAAAUUGAAGGAGGCCCAGUCUAAACAUGGCAACACAGUACCAGCUGAGAAGUUUGACAACAUGAAAAAUCUGCUGACCAAUGCGGUUGACGAGAAGGAACGGCAGCUCGCUGAGCUGAGGGAAGACUAUGAUCGUGUGCUGGAGGAGGUGGCAGAGCUCCAUCGAAAGAUGGACAGUCCGUCAGCCCAGGGAAGCUCAGGGGCGAUGUCUGCUGAGGAGCAACAGAGGAUACAGGCAGCCCUCGAAGAGCAGAAUGCUUCGUUGAAAAGGAAACUGGUCGACGUGACUGCCAAAAGCCAGGCUCUAAUUCAUGAAGUCGAGGAGAGUGAAGAGGAAAGAGACAUGCUACGAGAACAACUGGAUGCGCUCAACAGCAGGAUUGAGAUUGACUUUAUACCCAUGAAGAACCAUGAGGAAGCUCGGAGGGACAUGGUAACAGCUUUGGAGGAGCUGGAGGACAAACUGGUGGAAGCCAGUGAACGUUAUUGUAAAGCAGAGGCACAAGUCCAGCAGCUUCAAACUGAGGGGGCCACGCUGCAGGAGAAUAUCAGCCGUCUCCAAAGUGCCAAUGAGAGACACCAGAGUGAAAUGGACGCUCUAAGAUCUCAGAAUGCCGACCUGAUGAAGAAACUUGAACUUUUGCAGAGGAGAUGUGAAGACAGGGAGAGAGAGUAUGCGCAGCUGAGCACACAGAGCCAGACUCUGAAACAGAGCUUGGAUGGAGAGUAUGUUCCUAGACAGCAGCACGAGCAAGUGAAGAUGGAGUUAAGUUCCGCCUUAGAGAGUGUUAAAGCAGAGAUGUUAAAGUUGGAGGACAAGGAAAAAGAAAGUGGGGUAAAACUGAAGAAUGUGAAAGAAGGAAAUGAUAAGUUGAAAGAAGAGCUGGAAAAAGUCCUGUUGGAGAUGAAAAAUAACUAUAUAUGUAUAAAAGACCAUAAAUCUACCACAGAUAAGUUGAAUGCUGCUGUGGUUGAGGCAGAGAAUAGAGCAAACGAAGUGUCAGCGAUGUAUGUGUUGGCUCAGGAGGAAGCGGUAAAACUUACCCAAGAACUGGAGGCCCAGAAGAAAGAACUUGAUACCAUACAGGAGGCUAUUAAGUCUAAGUUUAUCCCACUGACAGCGGCCGAGGAAAAAGAACACUCUUACAGUGCCCAGGUGAAGGAGUUGACAGAUAAACUGCUGGAAAUGGAAGAUAAGUAUAACAAAGAAAGGUCUGCCAGAGAGAGCAACAAACAGGAGAAAGACAAACUUAAAGAUGAGAUUGAAUCUGUUCAGCAGAGACUAGUCACUACUCUAGUUACCAGUGAAAAGCACAAGGAUGUAGAGGCAGAGUUUAAGAGUAAAUUAGAGGCACUGACUCAGAAGUUAGUCAACUUAGAGCAGCAGCACAAGGAGGUAACAUUACAGAAAGCUGAUCUUGAAGACCAGAAUGUCUUCUGCAACACUCAGAUCCAGAAUCUCCAGGAUCGUCUGAAAUCAGAGUUGACUCGGAUAGCAACAUAUGACACUGAGCUUAAAGCCCUCCAUGAUGCCAUGCAGCAAGCCCAGGCCGACUGCAAAAAAGCAAGAGAGGCACAGCAGGAAGAAGCCCAGAGGGUUUGUGCCUUACAGAAAGAACUGCAGGAACACCACGGGGAUCAGGCGUCUCUGCUGCAACAACAGACCAACAGGGAAGCCCUGGAGGCUGAAGUCGCUAAGCUUCAAAUGGCUCUCCGUGAAGAGGAGGAGAACAAUGCCCAGAGAGCUGAAGACGUAUCUGCCCUGCAAUCUGAGCUCCUUCAGGCCACACAGGCUCUCGACGAAAUUCGUUACAAGGAAGACCAAAUGAACCAGCUGAAAAAGGAGAAGCAGCAGCUGGAGGAAGAGGCUGCCAACCUGAGCAACAAGCUACUGAGCUUGGCAGAAGAGUGUGAAGAGGCCCAUCAGGAGUCAAAGCAAGCGAGGGAGGGUGAGAGCAGGGCUAGGACAGAAAUGGAGGCUGUCCAGGAGAAGGGACGCGCCAUUGAAAGAGAAGUAAGGGAGCUGAAAGAGAGAUAUGAUGAGUCGCUCAGCACCAUUUGUGAUCUUCAGAGGAGGAUUCAGACAUCAUCUCAGCAGACUGAAGCCAAAGACAAGAAGAUCGCAGAGUUGCUGACAGACGUUGAGCGAUUGAAGCAGGCACUUAACGGUCUUUCCCAGCUGGCAUACACAAGCAAUGCGCCCAAUAAGAGACAGACGAUGCACAUUGACACACUCCAAGCCCAGAUCAAGAGCCUACAGCAACAGCUGGCUGAUGCUGAGAGGCAACACAGGGAGGUGGUUUCAAUUUAUCGAACUCAUCUUCUCAGCGCAGCACAGGGCCACAUGGAUGAGGACGUCCAGGCCGCCUUACUACAGAUCAUCCGCAUGAGACAGGAGUUUGUGUGUUAAAGCUUCCUCCGAUAAAACAAAAUGCUACCUGCUGACUCAAAUUCACCAGUUUCACUUCUCCCACUGCAGAGUUCCCCUGCUGUGGCCCCUGUGGGUGCCCAAUGUGUGUGUCUGAAAUUAAUUUUUUGUAGCGUGGCUGCACUUUGGUUCCCCAAAUCUCUGUGUUGUGUAAAAAGUGAAUAACUACAUUUUAGAUACAGAUGUGUUAUUUCAGCUGCAGUAGAAACGCGGCAAAUCUUUAUACAAAAUGUGUUCUUAUAGUACAGUAUGUGACGAAGCAAUUCCAUACAGUUAUAAAUUCAUUUUAUAUAGCUUUAACCCAUUACAAUAUGGGAGUUAUUUGAAAUGUAGGUCCCUUUCGUAGAUUACUCUUGAAAUGCUCGGCUGAAAUGUAACAUGGACACGAACACAAAGACCACUUUUCACAUUCCCACCUGACAGUCAGCUCUCAUAAAGUAUGUUUUUGUGUUAAACAGCAAUGUUUGCUCGAUUUUUAAGGAUAGAUUCACAUUUUGUUAAGUCUGUUUUAUGGUGCCCAUAUGAACACUGAAAAAGCUUUGCUUGUGUUAAUUAUUUGUCCUGUUCAUACUGACCAUUAAGAGAUCCCUUCCUGAGGCUCUUCUAAUAUAAGUGAGGAGGGAUAAAAUCCAGUCUUCAGUUCCUGCAGCGGUGGAUUCAGAAGGUUAUCUGAAGUUAAUGAGUUGGUAAAAUCACAUGGCUAUCUUCCAAAGUUGGCAGUGCUUCCUUGUUGUGCUGCAGUGACAACACAAGGCGAGAAUGUCGUGCUAAACACACGUUAACUUUGAAAGAUAACCGCUUGAUUUCCUUGAUGCAGACUGCUUAAGCCUCAUUAUCUUCAGAUAAAUGUGUUUUGUCCCCCAUCACUUACACUGAUAACACAUUAAGAAGGAAUCUUUUAAUGUCCAGCGUGAACAGGAGGAACAUUAACAGCAAGCAAAACCUGUUUCACUGUAGAAAUGGGCAUGUAAGUAUUGUUUUGAGUUGUGAACACAUCCUUUAAUACAAUACUCAGAUAGCCAUCUUUACAUUGAAGGAGUUCUUGGGCUCUGUAAUCUUGACUGGCAGUAAAGAGAUGCCCUUGUAACAUGAGAUGGGGAUUAUGUGCAAAAAUAGAUUUUAAGUUUAAUCAUAGCUAAUGUGGGGCUUCAGAAGUAUGAAUUAACCAUGUGAAAUGGGUUUCUUUCAAGGUUACCUUUCAUAUUGGUAUGAAAUUCCCCAGACUGUGCUGAUUUUUGAAAUUCAUAUUUGCACAGCAAGAGGACAGAAGGAGGAUUUUGUCCUCCAUCUGUUACAUUGGAAAAGCAUUAUUAGGGGAUCCCUUCACAUCCGGUGAGGACCGAAGGAAUGAUUACAGCAUCCAGUAACUAUCUAUAUGUACAUAUGGGAAUCUGAGUAUUGUUUUAGGGCAGACUUGAAAGAAUGUCAUCCUAUCCUUUAACCUUGUUCAUGUCAGUUGUUACACUUCGGCUGCUUUCUUGAGACUGUACUCAUUUUGUGGCACAGUUAUCGUCUUCAGAAGGUCCAAACUAGUAUGUGUGUUUUCAGAAUACAUCCAAAUGCCAAAGAUCUAAAGAGGGUAAUAUCAUCCAAAUCUAAAACUACUCGCCAUUUUAGUGGAAGAUAGUAUUGUGACAGAUUUGGAAGAGCUAUAAGUUAUGUCACUCACACAGUCUGGACAUGGUUUGUGCUGGAUUUGAGUCAUGGGGGGUGUGGAGUGGAGAUCUCUUGCUGUGUCCUACAGUUUGCAGUGGCACGUCAUCGUUUUUGUUGAAACCAGAGUGUCCUCUAGUGGUGAGACUUGGCAGGCCAAGUUGAUAGAAAUUGUAAUCAGUGUGGCUCAGGGGUAGGCAGUAGUUGUUUUUGGGGAGCUGUGAAAUCUGCAUGUUUGUACUCAACACGGGAAAUGUAUAAUAAAUCUUACAGCUAGUUGAGACAACACAAAAUGUGAAUGUAAAACUACAUUGACAGAGCUUUAUCUACUCAAAUCUGCUGCUUUGCAUCACAACAUUUUAACCUUUUAAAGACGGCUAAUGACCCAGCUGAAGCUUGACAUAAUAUAAAACCUCAUUUAUGCAGCAGUGAACUUUGCAGCUCUCUUAGAGCAAAGCUUGCGUGCCCCUGAGCCAGCUCUUUGUGACUCUUGAUGGUGUAGUGUAGUGGUGUUGUGAUUGUUGAGCGAGUCUCUUAUGCCUUUACACUGAUAUAUUUUUCAUAGCUUUGUACUACUUUAAUAACACUACUACAGUGUGACAAUUCUGAUAUUCAGCAGGUCUGGAAGUAGAACGGCACAAAACACGUUCAGGGUAACAUUUACCAUAGGAUGCCAUUUGAUAACCUUAGAACAGAUUCCUUUAUUUAUGUGGACAGACAACAUAGGAACGUUAGUUAUUUGAAACACUCCUGUCUUUACCUUUCAGCUAACACACCUUAUCAAGUAAACAGUCUCUUUUUAUAUGUUGGCCGAAAAAAACUCUGUUAACACCAACAGAUAUUUUAGAAAAUUAUACAUCUUGCAUUUUGUUAUGCAGAUGUUAGGGAUUAACACUAAUAUUUUGGGAUACUUCUUUCUGUCUUUCCCCUACUGUUAAUAUACACUACAAAUUGAAUCCAGUAAAAUCUUUAAAUAAAUAUACUGUAUACCAGUCUGUUUUAAUUGGUUGUUUUCUUUGGCAGUAAUAUUUGUGUUUGUGAAUCAGUAAAACAACAUUAAUAAAAGUGCCUAACAUAGAAAACUA